UAAUGCUUGGUCAUGCUGUCGUUUCUGGCACUACUGGGAGGUGUUUAACCAAUGUUGCAUCGACCAUGGCUGUUGUCCAUUGUGUGAACAGGUGUCUAGAGGCUGCUGCUACAACGGCAUGAUGGUGGAGUGGGGAAGCAUGUUGGAAGAGUUUCCAGAGCUGUGUAUGAAGCUGGUGUGUGCAGCAAGGGUGUCUCCCACCAGUCACUUCCUCACGGCUGUUGUUUUACCUGUAAAGUUCCAAGAUCACCUGUGCUCGAAAGAUCCCUGGUGUGAUGACUGCCUGGAAUACUCUUGUGUGGACGACACUGGGCUGCUACAGGUUGAGGGUUCAAAGUGGUCUCCAGACGAGUGUCACGAGUGUGUGUGUAGUAAUGGUAAGGUGACCUGCCUGACGCGACCGAUAAUCUGCCCUAACCCCCCGCACAAAAAUUGUGUUAAAAUCGCCGGCCCUUGUUGCCCUACAUGGAACUGUACAACUGGUUGUGUUGACGAAAAUGGAGAGGACCACGACCUGGGUACCUCCUGGUACUCCCACCCCUGCAUCUACCACACCUGCACGGUAGAAGGAAUAAUGACCCGGAUCACAGAUUGUUUCCUAGGUGACCCAAUACAUCCUACCUGUGUCAAGUUCACUCCAGUGGGUGAAUGUUGUCCAGAAUGGAAUUAUUCUUAG